CUUAUUAAAGUUAAACUCCUGAGCUUCAAUUAGCUCAAGGUUUUAUUAUGUUUAUUUAGUGGAAGAGGAACGAUGUUGACGUCUGCAGUGGAAAUGAGACCAGAAGAUCUUCAGAUGUUAGAGAGGUCAGAGUUUCGUUCAGCAGAAUGAAGAACUGUUCCUCGUCAUCCAGAACCUCGGACCAGCAGAGCUUUAUGAUUCUGGCUUUCAUCACUGACAAACCGUCUGAGUGCGCUCAGCUCAUACGGUUAUGACAUCACAUCCAGGAGGGUUCUGGACCUGCUAGCUGGUCCGUUACCUUCUCGCCCCGAGACGAGACGAUGACGGCGCGUUGACUGGAGCUGAGAGCCACCAGACCAAACACUGGCUGCCUGAUAGACGCUCAGCAGAUGGAGGGAAGAGUCACGGUUCAGCCGAGAGUUUUAACCCUCACUCAGUCCCAGCCGGCUGCAGGGUGGAUGUGAGCGGUGCGUCACCGGCGGAGAGGGAGGCGGAGAGAGAGGGAGGAGGCAGCUGUACUUAUGGUAGGAGGCUCAGAGAGUCGCAGCAGAAAGAGACCGGCCCACUCCGAUAAAAACCAUUCAACUGGUGAGCGAGAGAGCGCACUCAACUCUGACGGAGCGAGAGAGGGAGGGAGCAGCAGAGGUAAAGAGAGAGAGGAACUCCCUUCAUCUGGGAUAACUUAGUCCUCUCUAACACACACACUCUGCAGAGAUUCACCCCAGGAACAGCCUCCGUCCUGCCGCUUUGCUUCAUCCAUUCAGAGUUUCUCCUCUUCUUGUUUUCUUAUUUCUUCUCUUUCUUUCUUUCAUGACGCCUCCACAUUUUGCAGCCAUCUGUCCCUGACAAAAAGAUAAGGAUUACUCAUUUUCUCCCUUGCCGUUGUGUUUUCUCUCUCGUUCCUUUGCAGUUUUUCCCUCGUUUGGCAGGUGGACUGUGAGCUGAGCUCAACUUUCAGCUUCCAAACUUCUGAGCAAAGAGACGAAGGCAGCAGGACCGAGCACAGCAACUCUUCCUCUGGACUGAAUUUUCAUCGACUUUUGGACUUUUUGGCCUCUGCCUGUCCCUCUGGUUGGUGGCAACAUGUCGGUGUUACCGUUCCUCGGCUGGGCCCUUCUGGUUCUGGUUCUGGUCCAGGGCGGUGGAUCCUCAGCGGACCUGCCCUCCAGCCCGCUGUCCCUGACGCCGCAGUCGCUGCCGGACGCCUCCAGCGCCCACUGCCCGUCCUGCGCCCUGGCCCGGAUGAGGCGCGACGACGGGCCGGAUGGCGACUCGCCGGCGUAUGUGGAGGAGAAGGCGGCGCAGCAGGACGUGGUGGAGGCGGUGAAGAGGCACAUCCUCAACAUGCUCCACCUGCAGGCCCGGCCCAACAUCACCCGGCCCGUGCCGCGCGCCGCGCUGCUCAACGCGCUGCGCAAGCUGCACGUGGGGCGAGUGGCCGAGGACGGCAGCGUGCAGAUCGAGGGGGAGGAGGAGGCGCGAGGGAGGGGAGGCAAGGGGGGAGGAGCGGCAACGGCGGCCGGAGCUCGGGCGGGAGACGGCGGCGACGCGCCGGAGACGACGGAGAUCAUCACCUUCGCCGAGGCUGGUGAGUCCCAGGGCCUGGUGAACUUCGUCCUGUCUAAGGACGGAGGCGACAUGUCCCUGGUGGAGCAGGCCAACGUCUGGCUCUUCCUCCGCUUGGCCAAAACCAACCGCAGCCGAGCCAAAGUCACCAUCCGCCUGUUCCAGCAGCGUGGACACCUCGGCCCGCCGCAGGACGAGGUCCUGCUGGCCGAGAAGACGGUGGACACGCGGCGCAGCGGCUGGCACACCUUCCCGGUGUCCGCGGCGGUGCAGGCGCUGCUGGAGAGCCGGCGGAGCAGCGCGCUGAGCCUGCGGGUGUCCUGCCCGCUCUGCAGCGACUCCGGCGCCACGCUGGUCCUGGUCUCCGGCGGCAACCAGAGGGAGCAGUCCCACCGGCCAUUCCUCAUGGCCGUGGUGCGGCAGGGCGACGCUCGGCGGCGCAGGAAGCGCGGCCUGGAGUGCGACGGGAAGGUGAGGGUCUGCUGCAAGAGGCAGUUCUACGUCAACUUCAAGGACAUCGGCUGGAGCGACUGGAUCAUCGCGCCGUCCGGUUACCACGCCAACUACUGCGAGGGCGAGUGCCCGUCUCACGUGGCGAGCAUCGCGGGCUCCACGCUGUCCUUCCACUCCACCGUCAUCAGCCACUACCGCAUGCGGGGCUACACCCCCUUCCAGAACCUGCGGUCGUGCUGCGUGCCCACCCGGCUACGCGCCAUGUCCAUGCUCUACUACAACGAGGAGCAGAAGAUCAUCAAGAAGGACAUCAAGGACAUGAUCGUGGAGGAGUGCGGCUGCUCGUAAACACUCGGACCCGAACGGGACGGACCGAACCGGACCGGAGAGGACGGGGGAGGCGGCAGCGCCCGCCUUCCUCCGGGUCGCUCUCUGGGACGGAAACUCGUCUCCAGACUUGCUGAGUCAAACUCAGCCAGAGUCUCGAUGGCACUUUCUGAAAAACCAGGAAAAA